AUGGCAAAAAUGAGUCUCUCUUUCUACAGAUUAAUACUAACUUUUUCUUUGCUUUCCCAAGGCAUUUUACUUUCAGCAUCCAAGUCCAUAAGAAAUUUAGAAGAUGACAUGGUAUUUAACACAUUUAGGCUGGGGAAAGCCUUUCAGAAGGAAGAUACUGCAGAAAAUCCAGCUGUUGCUGCACCUUCCCUGGAACAAUAUAAAAAUGAUGACAGCGCUUUUAUGAAUGAUGAAGAAAACAAAAAUUCAAGGAAUGCAGGCCUUAAACAUAAUUUCUUGAAUCAUGGUCUGCCAUUGAAUCUGGCUCUAAAACCUUCUUUCGCACUAAAAGGAACUGUAGCUUUUCCAGCUGAGAGUGGAGUUCAGAACACUGAACCAACACAAGAAAAGAGAGAGAGUGGCGAUGAAGAGAACUCGGCCAAAUUCCCUAUAGGAAGGAGAGAUUUUGACAGUGAGUAG